AUGGUGAUACUACCAUCGAAUGAAGUCGAUCAUAGUGAAAAUCAUCCAAAGCAGAGACUAUCUUCUCAAGUUAGUGCUCCUGAAACUUCAACUUCAUCAUUAUCUUCAUCAUCGCCAUUACCAAAUGAUGAUACUAUUAAUAUUCUUCUUCUUGGUGAAACAGGAGUGGGUAAAUCAACCUUUAUCAAUGCUUUCGCUAACUAUCUCAUAUUCAAUUCAUUUGAGCAAGCAGAAUCAAGUGAACCCAUUGUAAUUAUUCCUGUUUCAUUUACCAUGACGAUUGGUGAUAAUUUUGAAGAACGAAUAGUCAAAUUUGGUGAAGUCGAUAGUUUUAACAAUGAAAAUUUCAACACUAUUGGUCAAUCUGUAACACAACAUUGUAAAUCUUAUGUAUUUGCUCUUAAUAAUGGUAAUGAAAGAAAAGUGAGAAUUAUUGAUACACCUGGUUUUGGUGAUACACGAGGUCUUGAUCAGGAUGAUCGAAAUAUGGAACAUACUUUACAAUAUAUCAAUAAUCUUACACAUUUGAAUGCUAUUUGUUUUCUUCUUAAACCAAAUGCAUCAAGAUUAAAUAUCUUUUUUCGUACAUGUCUUAUUCAAUUAUUUUCUCAUCUUGAUCCAACAGCUCAUCAAUAUCUUAAAUAUGAUGGUGAUGAUAAUGAUUAUAACAAGAAUGAUUCUAUAUUUUCACUGAAAACUAUAGCUGAUGAUGAUGCUAUAAUUUGUAACUUAACUAGUGGAGAUGAUCAUAUUCCAAUUCUAGUUGCUGAUCCACAAGCAUUCAAUACUUCAUUUGUUAAACAACGUCAACAAGCAAUAGACAAUCGAUCUUACCAAUUAACUAUAGAAUCAUCCCAACCAGAAUCUCUUCAACAGCUUACAGACAUCAUUAAGGCAUUUUCCUUUGGAAAAUCAAUUGUUGACAUUCAUUGGAUUAUAUUUUAUUGGAUUGUCCGUAACAUUCAGUAUGAUAUUGUACCAUUUAUACAUGGCAAAUGUAGUGACCAAUCACCAGAAAAAGUAUUUCAAAAAAGAAAAGCUAUUUCUGUUGGAUAUGCUAAUUUAUAUAAAUAUUUAUGUGAUCAAUUACAAAUGUCAUGUCAAAUAAUCAGUGGAUAUGCAAAAGGUCAUGAAUUUGAAAAUCACAUUGAUAUUCCUACUAAAAGUGAUCAUAAAUGGAAUGCUGUUGAGAUUGAUCAGCAUUGGUAUUUAAUAGAAUCAACAUGGGGUGCUGGAUAUGUAAAUGAACAGAAUAUUUUUCAACAUGAACCAAAUUCAUAUUAUUUUUUAUCACGUCCUAAUGAAAUGAUCUGUCAUCAUUUACCUAAUGAUGAUCAAUGGCAAUUAUUACAAACUCCAAUAAAAAUGGCACAAUAUUUAGAAAUACCUCACUUUCAUCCUCUUUACUUUGAUUUAAAUAUUGAAAUAGUUAGUCCACGUAACCGAUCUCAUCUCCAUCUUAUUCCUGGUAGAUCAUAUGCUCUAGUACUUCUGAAAGUGCCCUCAGAUGUCCAUCUCACGACAGAUUUAAAAUUAAACAAUCAAGUUAUUGAUGGUGGUAGUUAUAUUAUGCUCGAUAAACGUCAACAGAUUACUCGUAGUUAUUUUGCCCCAAGAAAUAUUGGUAGACAUAAAAUAUAUCUUUAUGGGAAAAGAGGUAAUUCAUUUACAGACGACUACAGAUCAGUAUUCAGCCUUGUACUUGAUGUGAAACAAAUACUAAAAAAUCCAAUUAGCUUUCCAAAAGUAUGGAAGAACUUUUUUGACUUCGAUUUGGAAGUGAUCUCUCCUCGAAAUACAUAUCUAAUUAAACUUGAUAAUGGAGAUAGGUAUUCAGAAAUUCUAAUAAAAACACCCGAAAAUAUUGAACUUCGUGGACAUCUUCAAAAUGAAAGACAGCAAAAAGUUACCGGUGGCGAACAAGUUUAUUAUGAUCGACGAAAAGUUAUCUGGCGAUGUAAAUUUGCACCUGAUCGAAAUGGUCUUUUCGAAGCACUUAUUAUGACUAAGAAAAAAACUGAUCCUGAAAUUUAUACAUCUGCUGUGGCGUUCCAAAUUGAAGCUCAACGGAUUCCAUUACCAUCCAUAUCAUAUCCUUCCACAUGGCAACUCUUUCAUGAUCUUGAUCUUAGAAUUGAAUCACCGCGAAAUCGUUCAAGCGCUUAUUGGUCUGAUAAUGCAACGUACACUGAAAUUUUUAUACAAGCACCUGAUGAUAUUCAACUUUCAUGUGAUAUCAAAUAUGAUAAUGUUAAAAUUGAAAAUGGAUCAUUAGCUCAAUUUAAUCAUGAAAAAAAACUUUGGCAACUUUUAUUUGCACCUGAACGAAUAGGUGAACAUGAACUUAUUGUAUAUUCGAAAAAAAAUAAUGAUAAUAAAUCUUCAUUAAAUCCAGUAGUCAAAUUCAAUCUAAAUGUGAAGAAACUUCAACGAUCAAUGAAGUUUCCUAUUACUUAUCAUAAAUUUCAAACCGAAAAAUGUCAAAUCUAUACACCGAUAGAUGGGAUCUUAAUGAAAGAGUCUAUUGUUCCAAUUCAUUGUGUCAUUCCAGGUGCAAAAAGUAUCAAUAUGACCGUUGAUUCACAAUUGCUCAAUAAUGAAGGUUAUAAAAAUCCAAUUCUGCAAAGACAUAUCAAAGUCGGAUCAAAAGAUGUAUUUAUCUAUGCCAAAUAUGGACAAAGCUCAUCUUUCGAUGCUUUGAUGAAAUAUACUGUUCAAUGA